CUCAUAUUCUCCAUGUCUGCCUUUCCCAGACCACAGCAACCAGAUCAGCAGCAGCCUCCGGGAGCUCAUAGUAGUCUGGCAUAUGGUAAUGCUGAGGACAGGAAGAUAUUCAUGGGAGGCCUACCCCAGGAGCUUGAUAAAGAGUAUAUUGAUGCUUAUUUCUCCCAAUUCGGGGAGAUUGAGGAUUCCAUAGUCAUGAUGGAUCGCGUCACUGGUCGAUCGCGUGGCUUCGGCUUUAUAACAUUCCUACAUCCCCAAGAUAUGGAGACGUGUCUGGCCAACAGCCCCCAUGUUCUUAUGGAGAAGGUCAUCGAUGUGAAACGAGCGGCUGAUGGUAAGAAGCCGUACUCUUCUGCUGGCAAUGCUGGGCCGGCACCUCGACGCAUCGACAUGUUAUCACAUCCAACAAGGGCAGCAGGCAGUGGAUAUAAUAAUAUCCCUUCCUUAGAGCAUAGGGUGGAUCCUAGUCGUCUGGUUGAUGAUCCCAGGAAGGUCUUUAUUGGUGGUAUCCCAGUCAGUGGGGAUAAAGAUAAGCUCAUAGCCCUACUAUCCCGCUAUGGCAGUGUUAUAGAUUGUGAUAUCAUGUAUGAUAAGGAGACUGGUAGGAAUAAAGGAUACGGCCGCGCUACUUAUUCGACACCUGCUGAGGCUAAUGCUGCCAUAAGAAGUGGAGAUGCCAAUAUGAUUGACGCUAAAUGUGUUGAGAUAAAACCCUUGCUACGACCACCAACCAAUAUUCCUACUACGCCCAACACUAAUCGGUUCAAUAAUCACGAUAAUGCUACAGGGUAAUGAUGAUGAUG